UCAUAUUUCACAGGUGUACUCCUCUUGUGUGUUAAAUACCAUUGCGUGGAGAGUUGGAGAGUAUUGUGGAGCUGCAACGUCGAGUCUGAGGUAAAGUUGUAGUCAACUCCGAUUUUACGAUGGCGAUACGAUUCCUUGUGUUGAUUACUGUUACUUAUCUUGUGUUCAGCAAACUCGCCACUGCAGGUCCGUCGUACAACUACUACGAUGAGAUAGCGCAGGCCACCUGUACGGCUAUGAACACUAGGGCAGGCUGGGUGUAUGCUGUGAGAAGACCAUGUAAUAGUUGGACCGUCCCUUGUCAGAAUAUCUGUUCUUCACCGGGUCUCGCAGCCCAGGAUCCACAAGUUAGCAGCAUAGGGUUGGAGUGCUUCAACUCCCUUCAUGUCUACCAUCGACCUGUUCUUCCAUCUGACAUCCAAUCAGGCACUAAUAAACUGGGGCUGAAGGUUUACCGCUACCAGUCGUGUAAUCAAGGCUCCUGUGGACCAAACUAUUGCUGCUGUCGUUCUAAAUAGAUGUACAUUACCUUUGGCAACAUAUAGGGUUUCCCCGAUGUGUGGACAUUUAGACAUAAUACAUGUUUACAUAUAGAACGUGAACAACAUUUCCUGUUAUUGAAUUAUUAAUUAACACAUCUUCAUUUUCGACUUAUCUGACAAUGGCUUUGAUAAGCAAAAUGAAUGUUAGCCGUGAACAGAUGUGUUGCUGCCGUUGUUUACAAUAGAUCCAGACAAAAAAAUCGACUUUUUGAAAUAAAGAGCUUGAUUGUUUCAGAUAUAAUGGACUGUUACGGACUCUUCAUCGCCAACUGACUUUCUAUCAUAGCCUCUUCUUUUACUGUCGCCUGUCUGUCAAACUAUCAUUUAUGCCAACCUCAAUAAACGGUCUUUG